AUGCCAAGACGAACAUUAUGUCAACAUCCAACUAGACAUACAGAUUCUUUCAUAUCAAGAGGUAUACGUCGUAUCUCUUAUCGCCUUCUCAAUUUCAUGCGUAAUCAUUAUGAUCUUGAAGAAUUGAAUAUUCGUUGGUUGUGUCCAAAGUGUCAAAGGGUAGAAGCAGAGAUAAUGAACAGAGAAUAUGGUAUGGAAGAAGAGAAUAACAUGGAUACUAGUAGUGAAGAAAUAAGUGGAGAUGAUUCGACUGAUGAUGAGAAAGAUAAUAGUGGAAGUGAUCAACAAGAUAGUGAAGAAAAACAAAGCGAUGAUGAAAUGCUAUUAGAACUUACGUAUCAGCAAGAACAAGCAAUGCAGCAGUUAUCUGCUGUUUUUAAAUUACUGAAGAUGGAUCCAAUUCACGAUAAAUUACGAACUACUCCAAUUCGUUCUCGAGUUGAUGAGGUUUAUAGAUAUCUUCAUGGAUUAUGUGAUGUACUGGAAGGAAAACUCGUACAAGUCAACGAUCCAAAUCCACAUAAUCUUCCAGUGCAAGAAUCCAAUGAUCUUCUUACGGGUUUGAAGAAAUUAUUCAAUGAGAGCAAUAAUACCGAACAAGUUCGUCUUUUGACGAUUGCUCCCAAGGAGUGGGGUCGAGAAAAAAUUCGAAAAUGGUUCGAAUCAACUCAGCAUCAAGCUCGCCAGUCACUUAUACUUCGACACAACGAAGGUGUCCUCGCUGUUCCUCAAUAUUUCAGUGGCAAUCCACCAAUAUCAGAUGAUACGAUUACCACUAUAAUUGAUUUCUAUCUUGAAGAUGGUAUUAGUCGCAUAUCAGCAAAUUCAAAAGAUACAAUUCAAAUUAAUGGAAUUACAGUACCGAUUCGUUUUAUGGAAAUGAGUGUGUUAGAUGCUUUUCGAUUAUUUAACGAACGUUUUCCCGGUCUGGUUGGUCGUUCAACAUUUUACUCCUCACGACCUCGCGAUGUGAAAAUUGUGUCACCGCAUGAUACUUGUAUGUGCAUUACACAUGAAAAUAUGAAUCUCUUAAUCAAAGUAUGUAUCUGUUCUCUAUCUUCAAUAUAUUUUUCUAAGGAUUUUAAUUGA